AUGGCCUUAGCAGAGAAGGUACUUAGAAAAAUUCAUAAAUUGAAUUUGAUUCCAAAGGCAAUCAAACUACUACCUCGUCUUUCGAUAGUCUUGGCUGCUUUAAGUGUACUAUGGUUAGUCACUUUACCUCAAGAUGGAAACUAUCGCAACUGCUAUAUUUCAGAAAACGCGUUGAUGCCGGGACAGGUUACAUCCUAUUUUAGAGAAAGUGAAUGGAACAUUGUUCGUGGGUACAGGAAUGAGAUUAAGCAACUUGAACAGCAACCAAUUGAGCAACGCAAUGAAGUUAUCACGCAAUGGUUACAAGAUUUAGGUUUGCCAGUCUCGCGACACCGCAAUGGCUUCACUAACGACACUUUGUACUCAAUCAUGCAUGCAUCGCGAGGUGAAAAUACAGAGGCUAUGGCGUUGGUUGUGCCGUGGGUUAACUCAGACGACGAAUUCAAUGAAGGUGCAAUGGCGCUUGGGAUGGCAUUGAUGCGUUAUUUCCAACGUAUUUCCGUUUGGUCAAAGAAUAUAAUACUUGUGAUUCCACCCGAUGGCAAGCAGAGUUUGAGAUCCUGGGUUAAUGCCUAUCAUACAAGUUUGGACGAUACUGCAGGAUCCAUUGAGGCAGCUAUAAUUAUGGAAUACGGUAAACAGGGUGAUGGUUUCCAGUAUUAUGACAUGUUCUAUGAAGGUUUAAAUGGCCAAUUGCCGAACUUGGAUCUCCUAAACACAGCAAAUCAAAUUGGUCAACACGAAGGUAUCAGUUGUAGUAUUCAAGGUAUUAGUGAUCGCGCAAUAAACUUUACCAACCGAUUGAAAACAUUAUUUGCUGGUAUUUUGCGAUUGGUGGUUGCUGGAUCUAGAGAUGUCCAUGGCCACGAAGCCUUUUCUGGAUGGCAAAUUCAAGCAUUCACAAUCAAAGCCAGGGGAGCUCAAGGACACGAUGUGACGCAAUUUGGACGAAUUGUUGAUUCUACAUUUAGAUCAGUCAAUAACUUGUUGGAGAAGUUCCAUCAAUCAUUUUUCUUCUACUUGAUGUUGAGUCCUAAACAUUUUGUUUCUAUUGGAACUUAUUUGCCUAGUGCCGUUUUGUUGGCAGUGGCUUAUGCUCUUGGAGCAUUGAAUACAAUAUUGAAUACUGGCAUUGAGUUGGACCAGAUACCCCAUAGUUUGACCAGAUUAUUGGUAGUAGCCGUUGUUGCUGAAGUUAUAUGUGUGGUGUUGUCCGUUAUCAUACCACAAGCAUCAGUAGAUAUGUUGGAAUAUGUCCCAAUGGCGCUCCUGAUAUUGCCAGUUUUUGUGGCAAAGAGCCGCUCACAAUCAUCAAAUACAACAAGCUUUGCCUUGAUUGGAUUGGCUUUAUUAAUCAUUGCGUUUUUGAUAACCGCUUUGUUGAUUGUUCAUUUUGCAUUGGCCCUCACAAUUGGUUUAUUGGCAAUCCCAUUAACGUUUGUCCCCACUGUGAUUCAAACUAAUAAGAAAUUGGCCAUCUUGUGCUUGUUUGUAUCGAAUCCAUUUUUGGUGUUUGUUUUGGCAAAUGGGUACUUUGGGGAGGAUUUCUUUGCCAAUUUGAUUGCUUCAUGGAACCAAUUGCAAUGUUGGACUUGGUUGGUUAUCAUUUUGGGAUGGUUCCCUGCCUGGUUAAUGAUUGCAUAUGCUACAACCGGGAUCAGCUCAAUUGGCGCCAAAGAGGAAAAGCGCGAGAUGGAAGAAAAGUUGUAA